AUGGCGUUGGCAGUGGUCACGACGUCUUCCGUGCUGCAAGUGGAGCCAACAGCACACGAAGAUUUUCCUGCCGACAUUCUACAAUUUAUUCAUUUCACCAAGUUUAACAUUCGUAACGGGACCCAUCAUCGCGAUGUCGUCUCUUUUUUGACAGUCUACGAUAUGUACUUCAGUGGCUGGUGAGACAUUCUCAUAUUUGGAGCAGAUCUUUUGAAGGCAAGUCCGCAUUGGCAACGCCGAUGAUCGACCAUUUCCCCUGGCCAAUCGUAACAGAUAUUAUGGAGUAUGGUGGAAUGGACAAAACAGAAAUUGCAUACACUUUUCAGAUCGUGUUCGAACCUUCCUCGCUUCCUUUCCUCCACGAUUCCCCGUUCAUUCGAAGGCUAAGCUUCCGUCUGCGCGUCGUCGACGACGCCAGAGACGGUGAGUUGGAUCUUUUUUAACGAAAAUAAAGUAUAGAUACUGUUUAUUGCAACCUCAUACUUCUUAUGGAUAUAGCUGAUUCACGGUCAGCUUGGGACGCUAAGGGGCGUGUCCUGUCUGCGCUCUCCACGAGCCAGGCACUAUCUCGUGUAUUAUCGUGUCAGGACCAAUUUUCCGAUGGCUCAAGCCAGCCGUGAAUCAGCUAUACAGUGCUCUCAAAUGGACGGCAGCUGAGGUCAGUAGGCGUGGCUGACUGCAAUAGCGGCACGGUUUAUUGCAAUGGGGGCGCGGAAAUGAAACUGAAGUUUUUAUGGAUGGAAAUUUUACUUUGUAGCCAAUUCCUGAAAAACGUCCAGAAUACUUCUUGAUGUAUCAGAUGACUUAGGCAAAGUCGGAAAGGGCCCUUAGAAAUGUUCCUUUUGAGGGUUCCUUUUUGCACUACUUUAUCGGCUAUUUUGCACUAUUUUAGCUGCCUCUUCCCUUUUCCAUCAUUUCUCAAGCCUUCAAAACUUUAGAAAAAAUGGAAUGAUAAAGGAACCCUUUUUGCAGUCUUUCUACGGCCUUUUUGCGGCCUUUUUGCAGCCCUUUUGCAGCCUUUCCGCGGCCUUUUUUGAGUCCCUUUUAGCCGCCACGAUGCACCAUUCCGACUCUGCCCGAGAAGGACUCUGAAAGUCUCAAUCUGCACAACUUCCUAUUUCUUAGGAAAAUACGUCUGAAAUUCGAGGAAAACCAACUAAAUUCUAGAAAAUUGGUCAAUUUAGCGCCUCAAAAAAUAGGAUCUUGUGCAGGUUAAGACUGUCAGAGUCUUCAGCUGAUACAUCAAGGAAUAAUCUGGUCGAAUCUUUGUUUUUGCAGCCGUCAUCGCAAACUCGACCUUCGUCGUCGAUUCGCCGAUGCAAAAUGUCGCCGACCCAACUUUCCGGACACCUCCCAAUUCUGAGAUUAACAAUCUUCUGGCGCGCAUCAUCGCUUCACCAGAGUUCCGAGGUUGCUUCUAUCGGAGUCACGAGCACGGAUUCGCAAAACUGCAGGAAAAUCUUACCAAUUGGUGACGUCACUGGAGUUCACCUGUGCCGAGUACUGUCGUGAGCGUUCUUUUGAGCGAGCGGCACCUCCUAUUCCGACCACUGUCGACUUUCGUUUCGACUGCAUUUUUGACAAGUAUGACUUCAAAUCAUCCUUUAUAAAGUUCGCCUCAGUAGUUUGAAAAAAAAAUCAAUGUGAAAAAGACAGGAAUAAGUCGUGUGGAAGAAAAUGCGAAAUUAAAAAUGAAGGGAGCGGAGUCAAAAUCUCUGCCGUUUCCAUGUGACGUCAUGGGAAAGAAGCGUAAAAACAGGGAAUAUUAAAGGCGCAUGUUCAAUGGGUCAUGAGACGAAUCGAUUCCUCAUUUAAAAAACUUAAUUUUCCGGUGCCGUGUUCAAAGUGCGUGUGCGAGAGCGCCGCAGUGCGUGCACAAAACACACUACACUUUACGGAAAAAAUAUGGGCGAUGCGCCAAAAAAAGCUGUGUACUGAGUAAUUUUUAUUGCACAUAUAGUUGAUUCACGGCUGACUUGAGCCUUUGGAUAAAGGGUCCUGACACAAUAAUGCGCGAGAGAGUGCCUGGCUCGUGGAGUGCACAGACAGGCCACGCUCUGUUAGCGUCCCAAGCUAGCCGUGAAUCUAGGGACCGCAAAGCCACGCCCCUUUUCGCGAUAGAAAAAGUGGCUUUUUUUUGGUUUUCAAUUUUAAUUUUGUUGUAGUUGCAAAAUAUGUGGAACUGGCUAAUAAAAUUUGACACACAUGUACAAAAAAGCUUCCUCUUUCGUUUAAAAAAUAUUUCACGCUUUUUUGAUGCGUUCUCGCGGAAUGUCGUACAAAAAAACGUGAAUAGAACUAAAAAAAUUUUGUCGUUUUUUUGCUUUUUUUCAUGUGUUUUUCAGGUCAGAACGCACUCUUUCUUUUUUUAAAUAAUGAUUUUUGAUUCAAGUAACGGUAAUUUUAAAACAAUAAAAAUAAAAAAAUUCGUCUUUGCCAAAAAAAUUUUUAGGGAGCGCCGAAAGUCAUAAUUCAAAAAUAUCGUUAAUAAGCGAAUAUAAUCGAGUUUGUUGUUUUUUUAAAUUUAGAUCAUGAGCUUACUUAAAUUUUUUUCUCCACAGCAUCUGUGCUUGAAAAAAAGUUGUUUAAUACGCAAAAAAAUGCUCUUGAAACUAGAGAAUAAAACUAGCGGCGUUUAUCACACAGAAAGCGGUCGAACGCAGGUUUUUUUCAAACGAUUAUAUACAUUUAUUAGUAAAAAAAUCUUUCAAUUAAAAGAAUAAAAAUAAAAAAAUUCGUCUUUGCCAAAAAAAUUUACGGGGCCGUUUUAAUGCAGCGAUCGUUUAACGAGGCAAAAAAAGCACUAAAAAAACAGUUUUUUUCGAAGUGAAUUUCCACGAAAAAGUUUGAGUAAAAAAAUUUGCGAACAUAUUCUGAUAAAAAUAGCUAAAUUACUUCAAAUUUUUAUUUUUGAAAUAGGCAAUCUGUGCUAUCCAAAGCUCAAGGGUAAGGCGGAUGGAAGCUCCCCUCGCUAGACCUUACAGCUUGGCGCAGUGCGUGCGCUGCGGAUUGUCUUUUUGAGGUCGCGAGUUCGAUACCCGCAAGCGUCAGUUUUUUGUUUUCUGGAAAAUACCGACUUUUUCGGCAAACUAGCUGAUUAGCAUCAUUUUAGCACUCUAUUAUAAUUUGUUACAUCAUAGUAGACCAGUAUCGAAACUUGUUCGAGAAGAAACAUCGAGAAAAAUGUCAAAAAUGGAUAAUACCAAAAUUUCAGUACUAAAAAAAUGGUGCGCGGCGCGCCAUAUUUUCCGUCAUAACUUUUUUCAUCCUCAAUAUUUUUUGAAAAAAUAAACGGUUCUGAGUUUUGAAUCGAAACAGCUAUCGAACCAUACAAAGCUCAAUGCUGAAAAAAAAUUUUUGAAAAUUCGUCUGCGGUCCCUACGUGAAUCAGCUAUAUUUUGAACUCCAUUAGAGACUCUUCCAAGCCCUGAAACAAUAUUAGAAAGAGACAACUUAUGACUCGAAAUGAAAAAAAGUUUUUCGUUUUCAGAUCUCAACACGAUCUUCGGAUGUACAUGGGCGGUAACUCGAAUCAGUUUGAGACGGCGUCGCGACGCGCCCUCCAUCUCAGCUCGCCUUAUUUCCGGCUCGUGCUCCGUCCUAACGUCGACGUCUACACAGAGGAAAUGGGCUGUUUGGAAUCGCGAAGAACGGUAAACCGAUGUUUCCCAAAUAAAACGGAAAUUAAACAAUCAUUCAUAGUCGAAUUUUUUCGUUUAGACAAUCGCCUUCAUGAUGACAGGCUUCUAUCAACCGCCUCCCUUCAUGACACCCACAGUAGCCAAGAACAUCCAUGAUCUAGCGACCAAGUUUUUCUGCAUCAUCCCAAGACGUGACGUCAACUUUUUGCAGAUACCGUGUCCACGAGAAAAUCGCCUUACGACAAGCCGUGGAGCGACAUUGCUGCGAAGAGCUGCGCAAGGUCGGUUGCAGUUCUCGUCUCUUUGACAGAACUUCCAGGUGAACUCCGACCUGAAGGCAGUCGUGCUGUGGACGGUGGCGGCCAAUGAGUCGGACAUGAAUCGUCUGUUUCAGAACUGCCUCGCCCUGCUUUGCGGCUCCUUGUUUGAAGAAUACGUUCUCGAGUUUUCGCACGAAGCGGUUUCUUCCAAUUUCGGUUACUUUGCUCCAACUUUUCUUCUCAGGCAAGGAAUGCCCAGAAUGCCGACCUCCACACGCGACUCAAUGCACGUCCAGGAAUGUUCAGGGCUUCCGUUCAUGUAGGUUUUUCCGAGGGAUUUAUAUUGAUUUCAAGGCUCUAAUAUUCAUAACUCCAGUUUAUCCAUCAAAGGAGGAUUUAGCUGAUCAAUUUUCGGAAUAUUUUUGAUCUGUUCAAUCUGGCUCUGAACUCGGGCAAACUCGGAAUGGGGGAUAAUGGCCGCAAAAAGGAAGGUCGCAGAAAGGGCUCCUUUAUCGAGCCUUCCAUUCAUUCUGGGGAUUUAAAUGCUCAAGAAAGGAUGAAAAAAGGGAGAGGCAGCAAAAAUGGGGGCCAAUGAAAGGGCGCAAAAAGGCAGCAAAAAAGAAAGCCUUUUAGCGACAAAGACUCCUUUUUUGCUGCUUUUUUGCGCCAUUUUAUCAGCUAUUAUGCACCAUUUUUGCUGCCUCUUCCUUUAACCACCAUUUAUUGAGCCUUCGAAGUUCUAGAAAAAAAAAAUGGAAGGGUCGAUAAAGAGGCUCUUUUUGCAGCCUUUUUGCUGCCUUUCUGCGGCCUUUCUGCGGCCUUUUUUGAGCCUCUCCCUUUUAGCGGCCUUUCUCCAUCAUUCCGACUGUGCCUUAGUUGUUAGAAUAUUUCUUCUCAAGAGUGCGUCAAAACUUUAAAAAAAUAUUUUAUUACAGACACGUGUAAUUCGUUCAAGAUCCAUGACAAAUAACGUGAGAUGUGUGAAAAAAUCAAGGAUGCCGGUUUGA